GCUCGACGAUUGCAUGGAUCUGUAUCUGUUUUGUUGACGUGGUGAGCAGAAGUUUUCAUGAGGGAACGUGGACUAAAGUGCUCCAGGAUCUGCGCACGGACAUGUUGGACUUCGCCAUUUUCGCUGUGACCUUUGUCAUCAUCCUGGUCGGGGCUGUUCUCUACUUGUACCCGUCAUCCAGAAGAGCAUCGGGCGUCCCAGGACUCAACCCCACAGAUGAAAAAGAUGGUAAUCUGCAGGACAUAGUGAACAGAGGCAGUCUCCAUGAGUUCCUCUUGGGCCUUCAUGAGGAGUAUGGGGCGGUGGCGUCGUUCUGGUUCGGCAGGAGGCCUGUGGUCAGCCUGGGCUCUCUGCAGCAGCUACGGCAACACAUCAACCCGAACCACUCCACGGACUCCUUUGAGACCAUGCUGAAGUCCUUGCUGGGGUAUCGCUCUGGAACUGGGGCAACAGAGAGCGUCAUGAGGAAGAAGGUGUAUGAGAACGCCAUCGACAACACCCUAAAACACAACUUCCCCUUGGUCCUAAAGCUGGUGGACGAGCUGGUGUCUAAGUGGAGCUGUGUGCCCGCGGAGCAGCACACCCCGCUCUGUGCCCACCUCCUGGGGCUGGCCCUGAAGAGCGUCACCCAGCUGGGCCUGGGCGAGCGUUUCCAGGACGAUGCACAGGUCAUCUCCUUCAGAAGAGGCCAUGAUGUGAUCUGGUCAGAAAUUGGGAAAGGCUAUCUGGACGGCUCCUUGGAGAAAAGUUCUAGCAGAAAAGUUCAGUAUGAGAAAGCUCUGUCAGAGAUGGAGGGUCUGCUGACAUCCGUGGUGACGGAGAGACGAGCCCAGAGGAGACACACGGCAUUUGUGGACAUUCUGCUCCAGUCCAAUAUGACCGAGCCACAGGUCAUGGAGGACUGCAUGGUCUUCACUCUCGCAGGGUGUGUCAUUACAGCCAACCUGUGUAUCUGGGCUCUCCGCUUCCUGUCUGCGUCAGAGGAGGUGCAGGACAAGCUGUACCAGGAAAUCCAGGAGGUCUUGGGGUCAGAGCCCAUCACACUGGAGAAGGUCCCCCAACUAAGAUACUGCCAGCAGGUUCUGCAUGAGACGGUGAGGACAGCCAUGUUGACCCCUGUGGCUGCCCGGCUCCAGGAAGUAGAGGGUAAAGUGGAUCAGCAUGUCAUCCCCAAAGAGACGCUGGUCAUCUAUGCGCUGGGAGUGUUCAUGCAGGAUCCAGACACGUGGAGCAGCCCCUAUAGAUUUAAUCCAGAUCGCUUUGAGGAAGAGUCAGCCAGAAAAACCUUCAGUCUGCUGGGAUUCUCCGGGAGUCGGACGUGCCCAGAGCUCAGAUUUGCGUACACAAUAGCCAGUGUGCUGCUCUGUUCGGUGAUUCGACGACUUCGGCUCGGCACGAUCGAGGGCCAGGCGAUGGAGGUGCGGUCGGAGCUCGUGUCCACACCCAAAGAUGAGACAUGGCUGACGGUCAGCAGCAGGAAAUGAACACUGCCUGGACCCCUGUGCCUUAUAGCAUUUCACAUGUUUUAAUCUAGUCUUUUAUCAGUAUUGAUUUUAAAUUGAUCAGUCCAGUGAGCCAAAGAACUUGUGAAUAUUCUUUUAAGAUACAUUCCCACAGUUUUAUUGUUUAGUUGACAAUUCAUUUUGUACAUUUUCAAUAAAGUAAUUGUUAUUU